AGGGAUACACUGUUUUAACGUCACCGGCGUGCUUAGGCUCUCGCCAAGGCAAAAAUGUCUGCCUAAGGGAAACUCGCAACUUAACCAGUGUGGAUAUUUUGCAAAAAAAAAAAAAGCUAAUUACACAGAUAUCGACUUCGUUGUCGUUCAGACGCGAAUUAAAGAAAACUACAAUCCCUUUGCCACCCCGACCUCCUCUAGUCGGAUUUUAAACACGAAAAAAAGGUAAAAUUAUUGUAGCGAGUUUGCAAAGGUUUGGACUGGCUGAAAGAAGUUGGGAUACAGAAAAGACUGGAGCUGUUAUGGACUGAAUGAGUUGUAGGAUCUUAAGGAUGAAUCCUCAGCAGCGGAUCACCGCUAUAGGGACGGAUAAGGAGCUGAGUGACCUGCUGGAUUUUAGUGCGAUGUUUUCCCCGCCGGUGAGCAGCGGUAAAAACAGGCCGACGACUCUAGGGAGCAGCCAGUUCACCGCACCAGGUAUAGAUGAGAGGACAUCCGAGGCAUCUUGGCCCGCAGGUGGCCAGUCCAGCCCUUCCUAUGACGAGUCCUCCAGGGGUUUCACAGACAGUCCUCAUUAUGGUGAUCACUUGAGUGACAGUCGAUUAGUGUCCCAUGAAGGAUUGUCCCCGACACCUUUCAUGAGCUCCAGCAUCAUGGGUAAAUCUGAAAGGCCUCCAUUUCCUGCUUAUGGCAGAGAGCCAGGUGUCUCUGGAUGUCAGUCCACUUUGAGGUCAGACAUGGGGUUGGCCAGCCCUGUAACCACAGCCGGAAAGUCACCAGCUCCUUUUUACUCAUUCACCGGCUCUAAUCCACGAAGACGCUCUCUCCAGGACUCCGCUCCUCUGGAUCCUAUACAAUCAAAGAAAGUACGCAAGGUUCCCCCUGGCCUGCCAUCGUCUGUGUAUGCACCGUCCCCCAACUCAGACGACUUCAAUAGAGAGUCUCCUUCCUAUCCUUCCUCCAAACCUCCCAGCAGUAUGUUUGCAAGCACUUUUUUUGACGCAACCCACAACUCUUCUGACCCGUGGAACUCGUCCAGUGGUAUAAACCAGCCGGCUUACGGUGGAAUGCUGGGAGGAUCUUCAUCUCACAUGCCACAGUCAGGAAACUAUAACAGCCUUCACUCCCAUGAUCGCCUGAACUACCCCCCACACUCUGUGUCCCCCACGGACAUCAAUGCCAGCCUGCCACCUAUGUCCAGCUUCCACCGCAACCCCGCUAGCAGCUCACCCUUCGUCACUGCAUCCCACACCCCACCUGUCAACACCACAGAGGGAGUUAUGGCUGCAGCCAACAGAGGUAACGCAACUGGAAGUUCUCAGACCGGAGAUGCACUGGGGAAAGCACUGGCUUCGAUUUACUCUCCUGACCACACCAGCAGUAGUUUCCCCUCUAACCCAUCAACCCCGGUGGGCUCACCCUCUCCGCUCACGGCCCAAGCAGGCGCCGCCUCAGCAGGUACAGUGGUGACGGCGAGCGGCCCGCCUGGAAGAGCAGGUACUGCCCAGUGGUCUCGGACAGCCGGACAGACCCCAUCCUCCCCGAAUUAUGAGAAUUCUCUCCACUCUCUGAAAAAUCGUGUGCAUCAGCAGCUGCAUGAGCAUCUCCAGGAUGCCAUGUCCUUCUUAAAGGAUGUUUGUGAGUCUCGCAUGGAGGAUCGUUUGGACAGACUAGACGAUGCGAUCCAUGUCCUCCGGAACCAUGCAGUAGGUUCUACCACCUCUCUGCCCAGCGACAUCCACAGCCUGCUGGGACAGGCACACAACGGACAAAUCACAGCCAUCGGCACCAAUUUCCCCACGUCCGGAUUGGUCACCAGCAGGACAACAUCUAUGGGUCCUGCUCAUCGUGAAGAGUCAGUCAGUCUGAACACAAACCACACAGGGCUGCAGAGCACCCCGGGGCCGACCUCCAGCGCCGAGCUCAAUCAUCAGGCUGACACAUUCAGAGGUCUUGCUGGUAGCUUGGCAUCUCAGGUGGCUUCAGCUCUGGAGCUUAAAAUUGAGAAUCAGGACAAGGACGACAUGCAUGAUAACCACUCGUCUGAUGACAUCAAGUCUGAUGAAGAGAGUGAUAAAAGGGAUAUUAAGACGCCUAGAGGAGGGACUCGAACAAGCAGCAUUAAUGAGGACGAGGAUCUGAACCCGGAGCAGAAGGCAGAGCGCGAACGUGAAAGGAGAAUGGCUAAUAACGCACGAGAGCGGCUGAGAGUCAGAGACAUCAACGAGGCAUUUAAGGAGCUGGGCCGCAUGUGCCAGCUGCAUUUGAAGAGUGAGAAGCCCCAGACCAAACUGCUUAUCUUACACCAGGCCGUUGCCGUCAUUCUCAGCCUGGAGCAGCAAGUCAGGGAGCGGAACCUAAACCCUAAAGCAGCCUGCCUCAAGCGGCGAGAGGAGGAGAAGGUUUCUGGUGUUUCAGGAGAACCGCAGCAGACUCAUCCAUCCGUUCACCCUGGGCUUACAGACACAUCCAACCCCAUGGGCCAUCUGUGAGCACAAGGCAGAUCAAAGUGAUGCAGAGAGAGUGUGUAAGAUUGCAAUGGUGACCUUGCUUUCUAAGGGCAGACAGGACUCACAGCUUGUGACACAAAUUUAAAAAGACAGAGACCACUGCAAGCUAAAUUCCAGUCAAGCGACCCUGAGCUCGAAGAAAACUGGCAAACGCCAAACUUCCUCCAAAGUCCAAAAUUUUAUAGCAAAUUUCUGCCCCCAAGAAAAAUACUCAACAAAAGCCGAAAGCCCUUCAGCACAUAUCACUGUCCGAAAAGCAGUGUCACAUCUGUACAAUCAGAGACUGUCAAUGUCCCCCUCCACGUGGAAGUUGCAUUGUGCCUAAAACUGAAUUGACGAAUGCAUUGUAACAGCAAUUAUUAUUUUUUUGUUUGUUGUUUUGUUUUGUUUUUUUGUUUGUUUUUUCCUAUUUAUUAUGUUACUGAUCUAUAAAGUCUAUGUUUAAAGGGAAAGUUAUAACACCGCUUUAAGAAGCUGUUUGGCAUUUCAGUAGAUCUUCAGUUUGCCAAGCUCUUAGUGAUCCUGCUGGAGCAACACCGUGGAAGCGAUGCACUGGGCCAUCGCACAGAUUUAAAGCAUCCUGCUCAAACGUCACGACUGUGGCGUUUGAAAUGAAAACGCACUUCAAAGUCUCGUAUGUCCUCCCCUUUUUGUCUAGGAAAAAAAAGAAUAAGAAAUAAUAUAUUAUUUAUAUUUAUGAUGGAUUCAUUCCACAAUCAUCGUCACCACCAGAAACCAAAACUACCUAACGAUUCGUGUUUAGUUGUGACGCACACAGUUUAGUGCAGUGGACAGAUGAGUGUUUUUUUUUUUUUGUUGUAGUUUUUUUUUGUUGGUUGCACCUUCCCCUGUGUAGCAGAUGCAAGGCUCGGAUGGCAAACUGGAGCUUUACUGAAAGGUCAGAGGUCAACCAGAGGCUGACAUUUAUAGUCGUUAGUAAAUAGUUCAAAUCCCGAGAGCAGACCAGUUACUAAACCCUAGCAUUCCCUGCAUACUUCAUAGUGUCUUAACGGAAGGAAACGAAGGACUAAUCCCGGGUUCUUUGAAUUCUUCAGCCAUAUAGUGUUAAGUGGGAAGAAAAUGGCAUAUUUCCAUUUAUUGCAGUUUGUUGGUUUUCUGAUGUUACGUUAUUUGGUCUCUGUUUAGUUGAACAGCAGUGGUCUUCUACGCUUAGCCUCAAGCUGAGAAAUUGGACAUAGCUAAUAUAUCAGACAGAGUAGACUCAAAAACGACGACCAUAGCAUCACCUGGCCUGAAUUGAAGUUUUGCUUGAUUUUCUUUCUGUCUACAAAAAAAAGACAAAAAUCACAAAAAAAAUCAUUAAAUAUCCACAACAUUAUAUGUUUAUUUGUAAUUGUAUACAAAGCAUCUUUCUAGGCUUCAUAGUAAAGCGUAUAUUGUCCUGCGUGAAAAUAGAAGAAAGAUAUUCUAAGUUACUUAGGAUGGAUUUGUCUCUCCCCCAAAGCAGUGAAGUACUUUAUACAGUGUGCGUGUGUUUGUGGGUGUGUGUGUGUGGGUGUGUGUGCGCAAUGUCCAAAAUUCAAACGCUGUGACAAACAAAAUCAGCAACCAGGCAAAACCAUGAACAAAAGCAUUUUUUUAUAUCAUGAAUCAGCAUCAAGUCUUUUUUUUCCUGUGUAUUGUUUCUUAUUGGACAUAUUUUUGGUCUUAAUUCUUUCUCUUGAAAUUCUUUCUCCCAGCCCCCUUUUGUCUUCCAUAUGCAUGCUCAGCUCCUCAAACAAAACUGCCACAUCAGAAAGAAAAAGUCUGAAGAACAAAGAAACUAUCGCAGAAAUCUAGACUGGAAACCAUUUUCUGUCUACAAUCCCUCAAACCUUUUCUCUUAGUUUUCCUUUCUUUUUUCUCCCUUUUUCAAAAUCCUUGUGAUAUCUAUAUUCGUCUUUGUGGCCUUGUUAUACAUUUCAGUAUUGAAAAGCUUGUGUUGUUGCUGGCUAAGUUUCGAUCGAGGUUCUGUGUCAUCUUUUUAUUAGCUGCCUUGUGUGUUUUCUUUUUUUGUUUGUUUUUUUUUGUUUGUUUUUUUUUCUCCUGCGUUUAUUUUCUGCUUUUUGUUCCUUUUGCUCCUCUGUUGGAUAUGUUAGACUUUGCUGUAUGCCCUCAUGCUUUCCCUCAUAAAAAAGUAUAUGAAAAGGAUAAAAAAAAAACAAAAAAAAAACAUUUGGCUUAUUUUUCACUGUAGUUAGCCUUUUAUACAAUAAUAUUGUAAGAACAUUUCUUGAAUUCUAAAUAUUACUCUUUCUAGAUUUUUGAAAUCAAAAGUUUUGAGUAAAAAGUUUCUUACUUUAUUUUACUAUAUUAGAUAGUAAAAAAAUGUACGGUUAUUUACCAUAACCUGUCCACUAUUAUUGAGAAUUUAUGAAUAGCAUCUUAAGAGCAUAAAGUAGGAUUUGUAGCUCGAGGUGUAGUGUGUAUGAGGUGUCGUACGAGCUCGAUGUUCUAUAGGAUGUGCUCUGAUCUCUGGCUCUAGUCUGCAAUGUUGGUGAACAGAUGAACAGAUUUGUAACCCUGUCCAAAUCCAAGGUAUUGUCAAACAUCAAGAAUUAAAGAAACCAGCAGCAAAUAAGUAAAUUUCUUUUCUGUCUCUUGUAACAGAAAACACAAUAUGUAUAUAACAUUUAUGUAGCAAUAAAUGUGCCAUCUUUUUUAACAA